AUCCCUUCCACUCCAAAUCCUUCCAAACCGGUGGCGACGGAAGAGCACAUUAUACUACUUGCGCCUUCGUUUUUAAUGAUAUUGUGUAACCAUUGCCUGGCAGUCUGUGAUCUACAGGCCAAACGUUUUUUUGCGUUUUGAAAGGGGGAGGAGAAUAAUCCCUCUCUUUUCCCGGUCGAUUUUGCGUUCUACCUCCCUGCGCAUUUUCCACUCGCCUAUAAUUUCCUGGUUCUCAAACGCGAUGUCACCGGGGGCGGAUGUGAGCGGAUCUCACAGGUGUGUCCCUUGCCAACUGAGCCAUAGCUCGAGAAGAAUCACACCUGGGAUCACCAUGUGAUCCUGUACCUGGGCGUGGAGAAAGUCCUGGACUCUUGUUGAGUUGUCCGUGUCGUCUUUCAGUAGGAAUUGUCAACCAGUGCCCCCUUGUAUUUUCUACUGAACAGUGCCUUUCUCUAACUCUCGGCGCGCUCGGGAAGAUAAAAUGUGAACUUUACAUGCAUUUUGCUUGGGGACUUAUUUUACAUUUUUAGGGGGACUUUGAAAUCUGGUCAGCUCCGUGUUAGUUUCCGGCAACUACUGUUCUUCCAAGCACUUACUUACUGUGGCCACCCUGAAGAGGCCUGAAUGAAAAGGAGAGCGGACGACGAGGGGAUAUGAUUGUGCACUUCCUGCUCGGCAACUACAGGAAGUAAUUGAGCUCUACAGGAAAGAUGGCGAGCUGGGUCCAGGCCGCUCCUCUCCUCCCCCUGCUCCUCCUGUUCUGCCUGUCUGCAGCCGGGGGCCCGCUGCAGGAGGAGGCGGUCCUGGACUUCCCCUCCAAAACGCCCAUCAACAACGUGGUGCGGGACCCUCGGAGCGGCCGCGUCUACCUGGGCGCCGUCAACACCAUCUACCAGCUGGACGCAGCUCUGCGCGAGGAGGCCCGCGCCGAGACGGGCCCCAGGGAGGACGCCCGCACCUGCACCCCGCCCGUCUCGGCCUGCCAGGACACCAAGCCCAGCCCUAACGUCAACAAGCUGCUGCUGGUGCACCCGGCCAACGGCUCGCUCAUCGUCUGUGGCUCCCGCUACCGGGGUAUCUGUUCCCUCCUCAACCUGACCAACGUGGAGCAGCAGCUGUACUACAGCGACUCGAAGGGAGAGAGGACCUACGUGGCUAGUAUUGAGGACGGGGUGGCCGUGGUGGGCGUCAUGUCUACGUACGUUAAAGACGGCAACGCCUUCAAUGUGUUUCUAGUGGGGAAGGGCUACGGCAGCCUGGACAGCUCUAAGCUCAUCAGCACGCGCAUCCUCCAGGACUACCGCGACUGGGUGGUGUUCGAGAGCAUCGUCGAGGCAUCCACCGUGCAGGCCACGCCCUUCGUGCCCAAGUACCUGCACGACUUCCGCCACGCCUUCAAAGAGGAGGGCUUCGUCUACUUCCUGUUCUCCAGGACCAUGGGAAGCACCGAUAACAAGAACUUCACCUUCGUGUCUCGGCUGUGUGAGGACGACCCUCACUACUACUCUUACACAGAGCUGCAGCUCAACUGUGGCCCGGGGAACAGGUACAACAAGGUGCAGGCAGCCUAUGUGGCGUCCCCAGGUAAAGAGCUGGCCCGGGGGAUGACAGAGUCGGGCCAGUAUGGUCAAGUACUCCCCUGGCACAAGGUGCUGUUCAUGGUGGCCAGUCCCUACGAUGACAGCGCUGACUCGGCCCUGUGCAUGUACCCUCUAAAGGCCAUCAACGAGAGGCUGGUGGACCUCAUCAGCGCCUGCUACAGCGACUCGGGCAAGAUCGCCGGCACCCCAGCCGUGGACAUCCCCUACUCCUCCAAGACAGACGAGUUCUGCACCUCCCGCAUUGAUAAAGACACGCUGAACAACUUUAAGUGUGGGGCGGACUUCCUUCCAGCUCCACUGGCCAGUAAGCCAGAGUUUGCCCUGCAGGCGGAGGUGGUCAUCACCAGGACGGGCAUACUGACCGCUGUGGCCGUCGCCGUGGAGAACGACCACACUAUCGCCUUCCUGGGGAACAGCCUGGGAGAGGUGUACAAGGUGCAUCUGACCACCAACCCAGAGGUGUACAGCAGAGGACCAGGGGACACCACGGGGGAACGAGUCAACAAAAACCUCUUCUUCAACGCUGGCCACAGCCACCUGUAUAUCACCACCGAGAAAAAGAUCACCAAGGUGCCAGUGCAGGCGUGCCAUCUGAAAACAGACUGCCAGUCCUGUGUGUCCACACGAGACCCCUACUGUGGCUGGUGUGUUCUGGAGGGCAGGUGUACCAGGAGGUCUUCCUGCCGGCGAGCGGAGGAGAAGAACGGCUGGCUGUGGAGCCCCAAGCAGCAGUGUGUGAAGAUCGUGUCCUUCCACCCACCCAACCUUAGCUGCAGAAAGACCCAGCAGGUGGAGAUCAACGUGCCCUCCCUCCCCUCCGUCGGGCAAGCAGACCGUCUGCACUGUGUGUUCCCCUCCUAUAUGAGUGACGCUACAAUGUCCUCUGGCCAGGUUACCUGUGCCCUGCCCAGCCCUGUCUCUUUACCAUCCACACCUGAACACCAGGAUUUUGUGGCGGUGCCCAUUAAGAUCUUUGUGAAUGAGUCUGUGGAGCUGGCCACCAGGGAGUUCAAGUUCUAUAACUGUUCAGCCACUAUGAGGAAAGCAGAAAACACACCGUGUAUGUCGUGUGUGGCCAGUCCAUGGGGCUGCCAGUGGAACACCCAGGAACACACCUGCCAGGACAUGGAUGGCACUGUGUUGGGCCCUCAAAUCAUCAAACACAGACAGGGGGCGAGGUGUCCCCAGUUUGAAAACCCUGAUCCUGUGCUUAUUCCUGUUGGGUUCAAAACCACCAUCAGCUUCGAGGGCAUCAAUCUGGAUGUGUACCGGGACCGGACGUUCACCAUCGGCACAGAGCUGAUGAGGAACUUGAAGGACGUCAGGUCUGAAGACGGGCCCUUCUACAGUUUCAGCGGUUUUAAUUUUUCCUUCGAUAAGUCACAGGAAACCAACGUUCUGUUCUACGUGAAGGACAAAGAGACGGGCAAGAAGAUAGACAGCACGCUGAAUGUGACCCUAUAUAACUGCUCACUGGGCCGGGAGGAUUGCAGCCUGUGUAAGAACGCAGCUCCUAAGUACAGCUGUGUGUGGUGCGCCAAGAGAAAGUCGUGUGUCUAUGAGAAGCUGUGUAUUGACCAGGCCACAGAGGACCCGCAGGACACAGAGUGCCCUGACCCACAGAUCACUGACAUCAUUCCUCGCUACGGUCCCGUGAAGGGGGGCAUCUCUGUCACCAUCAAGGGCUCCAACCUGGGCAUCCACAAGGAGGACAUCAAGGCUGUCAGUGUGGUGGGGGUCCCCUGCAUACACCAGGAGGACAGAUACGCUGUCUCCACCAGUGUGGUGUGUGAGAUCGGCCCCUUGGACCCGCUGAGCACCAACUGGGGUCCGGUGGAGGUGGAGCUGGAGGGAGGGAAGAGAGGAACGUCCUCCGUUUUCUUCACAUACCGGGACCCCAUAGCCAGCUCGGUUCACCCCGACAAGGGCGCCAAGGCCGGGGGCAUGGUCAUCACCAUCUCUGGCUCCAACCUGGACACAGCCACCAGGGAGGACGUCACCGUCACCGUCGGCGGGGUGGUGUGCACUGUGGAGGCAUUUGGUGCGAACAUCACCUGCAGGAUGGGAGAGUACCGGGCAGACAAGGUCCCCUCUGACCUCCUCAUGGUCACGGUAAAGUAUGGGAAGAAUAGCACCACGGCCGUCCCCACAGCCUUCCAGUUCUGGGAGAACCCCAUCAUCCUGGACCACCACCCCAAGGGAAGCUUUGUGUGUGGUGGAAGGACUAUCGUGGUGACAGGAUCCGGGUUUGACCUCAUCCAGAACGCCAUUAUGAGGGUCCAGGCCUCGGCAGACGAGUGGUCCGGCAUGAUUCCUACUGAGUACCUCCAGGAGGCUCUGAAUAAGAACGACACGGUUCUCCAGUUUCUGUCCCCUGCCGUCAACAGGUCCUAUGACACCCAGGUGUUCAGGACCUUUAUCCAGCUGGACAACUGGGUGAGGGAGCUCAAGCCCUUCGACUACCACCCCAACCCUGCCUUCAACCCCCUCAUCAAGAAGAUCAUCACUGAGACCUCCAUCAUCAUCGUCACUGGCCGAGGCUUCUCCAAGGCCAUGACAGCCAAGGAGGCCCAGGCGUUUGUGGGGGACAUCCCCUACUUUGUCAACACCCUACAAGAUGACAAGCUGUUCCUGGACCCCCCAUCCAGCCAGCCCCGGGCCCUCUCCAAACGUCACCGCAGACGCAGAGACACCAGCUCCGACCCAUUGGACCUGCUUAUUAAGUUUGGAAAUGGAGAGUGGGUGGUGGGCUCUGUGCACUACGAGAGGAAGAACGAGGUAUCUCUCUUAAUCAUCCCUGCAGUCAUCGUCCCCAUGCUACUCAUCAUCCUCAUUUCUGUCUACUGCUACAGGAGGAAGAGCCAGCAGGCUGAGAGAGAGUAUGAGAAGGUGAAACACCAGCUGGAGAAUCUGGAGGAGAGUGUACGAGACCGCUGCAAGAAAGAGUUCACAGACCUGAUGAUAGAGAUGGAGGACCAUACCAACGACCUAAGCGAGGGGCGAAUCCCCUUCCUGGACUAUAAGACCUACACAGACCGUGUCUUCUUCCUGCCCUCCAAGGACGGGGCCAAUGAUGUCAUGAUCACAGGCAAGCUGGACAUCCCUGAGGCACGGAAGGCAAUCGUGGCCCAGGCCCUCAACCAAUUCUCCAACUUGCUCAACUCCAAGACCUUCCUCAUCAAUUUCAUCAAGACUCUGGAGGGCCGUCCAGACUUCAACGCCCGGGCCAAGGUGUACUUUGCAUCCCUGCUAACGGUGGCUCUGCACGGGAAGCUGGAGUACUACACGGACAUCAUGAGGACCUUGCUGCUGGAGCUCAUGGGGAACUAUGUCGACAGCAAGAACCCCAAACUCAUGCUGCGCAGGUCGGAGACCGUUGUGGAGAGGAUGCUGUGUAAUUGGAUGUCCAUCUGUCUUUACCAGUUCCUCAAGGACUCUGCGGGGGAGCCCUUGUACAAACUGUUCCGAGCCAUCAAGCACCAGAUCGAGAAAGGUCCAGUAGACGCCAGAGUGAAGAAGGCCAAGUACACCCUGAACGACACGGGCCUGCUGGGAGACGACGUGGAGUACUGCGUCCUGACUCUGCAGGUGCUGGUGCACGGGGAGGGGCCAGACGUGACACCCGUCAAGGUGUUGAACUGCGACACGGUGUCCCAGGUGAAGGAGAAGAUCAUCGAGGCGGUGUACAGGAACCUGCCCUACUCUCAGAGACCCAAGGUGGACAGCGUCACUCUGGAGUGGCGCCCUGGCUCCACGGGGCAGAUCCUGUCAGACCUGGACCUGACGUCCCAGAAGGAGGGCAGAUGGAGGCGCAUCAACACGCUGGCCCACUACAACGUGCGAGACAACGCUACUCUAGUCCUGUCCCGGGUUCUUCACACUCAACAGAACUACGACCAGAACCAGGACAACCAAGAGGAGAGAAACUCCUUGUUGGACGACGACAAGGUGUUCCAUCUGGUUCGGCCUGAUGAGCUGGAUGAGAUGAAGUCUAAGAGGGGUAGCAUGAAGGACAAGUCCAUGACCAAAGCCAUCACUGAGAUCUAUCUCACACGACUGCUCUCUGUCAAGGGAACACUGCAGCAGUUUGUGGAUGACUUCUUCCGCAGCGUGUUGUGUUCCGGGGCGGUGGUGCCACCCGCCAUCAAGUACUUCUUUGACUUCCUGGACGAGCAGGCGCUCAAACAUGAAAACGUGGACGAGGAGACCAUCCACAUCUGGAAGACCAACAGUUUGCCUCUGAGGUUCUGGGUGAACAUCCUGAAGAACCCUCACUUCAUCUUCGACGUCCACGUGACGGAGGUGGUGGACGCGUCGCUAUCCGUCAUUGCUCAAACCUUCAUGGAUGCCUGCACCAAGAGUGAGCAUAAACUCAGCAGGGACUCUCCAAGUAACAAACUACUCUAUGCAAAGGAGAUCUCCACCUACAAGAAGAUGGUUGAUGAUUACUACAAGGGCAUCAGACAGAUGGUAUCAGUCAGCGACCAGGACAUGAACACUCAUCUAGCAGAGGUGUCUCGGACUCAUACAGACAAACUCAACAUACAAGUGGCUCUGUAUCAGCUCUACCAGUACGCGAGCAGAUACUACGACGGGAUCAUCCAGUCCCUAGAUGAGGACCCGGCAGCCCAGAGUAAACAGCUCACCCUGCGGCUGCAGCAAAUAGCAGCCGCCCUGGAGAACAAAGUGACAGAUCUCUAACCUACUGGAAGGGUCAGGGAGAUGGAGGGAGGGAGAUGGUACCAUGCCUCCAGUGUCCACAGGGGCUUAUUUCUCCUGGCAAAGGAGAGAGAAACCGAGAAGAUGGCCUCACAGGGCCUUGGUGUUUGAUGAUGACACCUUCAACCCAGCAGGCCCAGAAUGUGGGACAGUUCAGAGUCUGCAGAGUGGCGCAGUAUGGGACCAAUGAAGCAAAGAGAGAGAUAGAUGAGGAUGGGUUACACAUGCCGUCAUAGGUACGCCUUAACUUAAGUCCACUUCCGAAACUGAAAUAGGUGGUCCUCAUUGCUCACUCUAGCUGUUCCCACAAUGCAACAGGGGGCCAGCCGCCGGAAAUAAGCCCCUGUGUCGAUCACUCAUGGCACAAAGAGAUAAUCAGAUGUUCAAUUUAUUCCUGUGUAGAAAAGUUGUAAGAAUUGUAUUAUAUAUAUUUUUUAUUGUGCAGUCUUAAUGCGGAAAGCUUUACGAGGAGAUAUUAUCUUUUUAAAUGGACCGCCUUGUGGUGUGGAUUGUGUUUCUAUAGCCAGUGUGUGAAUGUGGGUUUGUGUGCGUGUGUGCAUGCACGGGAUGCCUACUGUCAGGCCAGAGGGUGGAUGCCCUAUCUGUCAUUUUAAUCUCCACUAGUCACCGACACACAGGAACCUGUUCUCCCACUGAGCUCCUCUACACAGACCAAAGGGUCAUGACUGGGACAGGCUCUUAGAAAUGACAGGCCAUCAAUAGUGAUUUUUCAAAAUGAUCGGUUUUAUUUAUGUUCAGAAAAUGUGUUCACAUGCUUCAGAGCUCGAUCGAAUGUUGUGGCUGCCAAUAAACCCUUAGGUCCUUACAUUCAGAGAUCAAUAGCACAUCCGUUUCCCCUUGUUGGAGUACAUACUAACACAUUCCACUGAAACUUAAGCACUGUAUGUAUUCAAGGGUAAAAAAUGGCUACUUUUGACAACCUCAGUUAGUUUUACCCUGCAGUACCCCCCCCCCCCCC